CCUCCUAUUCAAAUGCACUCCCUUAAUUAGUGGCACCUGUCUCCUUCCUGCACCUGCCAAGUCCUUGUUUGAUCAAUUGGUGUGUUGCUGAAAGCUCCAGAGGCUGUUUGGACUGAAAGUCAAAACUACACUGACCUCUAAAUUGCUCUCUCGUGCUGCUAGCUAUAGCUGACUUUUACUGAUUGUCCAGCUUGUGGUACUGUAACUUUAAUUAGACAAUGGCAGUGGGGCUUAGCUUUUACAUUGGACUUUCACUGCUUUGCUCAAAAUCAUUUGGAGCAAACGCCAUCGACUUGGCUCCGAAAGGUGCCAUUAAGACAGAGUGCCGGGAUCGAUACCUGUGGCUGUCUAUAGACGAGGCUUUCGCUGGUGCCGCACCCAAACUACAAGCCGUGGAUAAGUAUGGUGUACAUCCAGUGGAUGACGACCAGGCGGCAAGGUGUGGCUAUACCAUCAGCAACGUCAACAUGAACGGCCGUCUUACCCUCAGAGCUUCUUAUUUUUCCUGCUAUACGCAGAAUCAGAACGAUGAGGAGUUUCGAUUCCUGUUCAAUAUCAUUGUAACGGACAAAGAGGACAAAGAGACGAGGUACUGGAUGGAUGAGACCUGCAGACUGCCCUUGGCCUGGUCCAGCAGGGAGGUCCUCUGUGAGGAGAACUAUAUGGAGGUCACAGUGGAAAAGCAUGGAUCCUGCAAAGCCAAUGAGAGAAUGUCCAAGGAGUCCUGGAACGCUGCCUUAAGUACAGCUCGCUGGACUGCCAGUGACACCUGGCAAGUGAUGCUCAUGAAGGAUCAGCAUACCAUGGUGACCAUGUCUUUCAACGAUGCCUACACCCAGGGCUAUGUGCUGGACACCAGCCCAACCAGGGUAGUGUUCCGCACCACCUACAAACAGCCUCAUUCCGAGAUCGUUUUGGUUAAUGGAGUUGCCACAGAGGUCAUCAAUGCCACUGUGUACUACAGGCAGAAAUGGGCGGUUGUGAUGCUUGACAUGUCAGCAGCCUGCACGAUCAACCCUGGCACUUUUGACAGGGAGAAGCUGCACUGGGCCGUUCCCCGUGUGUUGACUCCACUGGUGCCGGACACUUCCUCAUUUGCGAGCAACCAGAUAAGCAUGGGGAUUGACGGUCAGCUCAUGGAGGAGACAGCCUGGAGAGCCUGGGACCACAGCUUGGAGGACACGGGGCUGAUGAUAAACAUCAGCGUUCCUUUCGGAGCUCGAGGCGGGUACAGAAAGAGCUUUGUGCUGGAUAAUGUCUACCACGAACUCUAUGCCAUUUUCAUGUACUACGAGCACAUGUUCUCGCGGGUGUAUGCCAACAAUACCACUGAACACACCAGGCACAGGAUGAUGAGACUGCUGCGGACUCCCUUGAUCUACCGAAACCCAUUUACCACAGAUGAGACGGUCCUUGAUGAGCGCAAGUUUACUGUCAUGCUAGGACACUUCCCCUCGGACGCUGAGCUGGUGUCCCUGAAGCUUAAUGGCAUCUUCCUGACCAUACCUGAAGCUUUUCAGCGUGGCUACUCUGUGAUGACCCUCUCCAAUAUGAAUGGCACCCACGGCUAUGUUCUGGAGGUCCCAUUUGAUGAUCCUGUAGUGCAUCAGGCCUAUUUAGGCGCUGGACUGCUGCAAUAUUCUUUGAACAUCAACUACACCCUAUAUGUUCUACCACAAGAAGAACCAUUCUAUCACCUGGCCUCAGUUGUGGCACAAUUCCACAAUGCCUUUCCUCCUGACAUCACUGCCACCUGCAGAGAAAGCAGCAUCAUCUUUCAAAUUAGCAUGCCCACCCCGGAUUACCUCUGGGAGGUUGGCAUAGGCCAUGAUCUACUGACAACGGAGCUUGCAAGGCGACGUGGAUACAUACUGAGAAAUGACACUCAGGGCAUGAUCCUAGAAGUGCCCGUUUUUACCCGUGGCUACACAUAUGAGAAGAUUACCCUGAAGCAGUUUAUUGGCAUCUUUGAAGUAAUAGCAAGAGAUACAAAAACGUUGGAUAUUCAGAGCGUCACAACAAAAUACUGUACUUUCCAAACUGAUGAGCUAAUUGUGUGUUCAACGGAGGGAGUCAUGACUCUCGUCACGAAAACCACCUCCACCUGGCCCACAGUACCAACAAGACGAAUAACAUUAACAGAUACAAACUGUAAACCACAAGAAGCUCAUGACACCAGAAUCCUGUUCUCUUUCGGCUUAAACACAUGUGGAACUAAAUUCAUGGUUGGAGACUCUUAUGUUGUCUAUGAAAAUGAGAUUGUAUCUGCUAAACAGUACAUUCCAAAGAGCGACCCAGUCAUUACAAGGGACUCUAAAUUCAGGCUGACCGUGCAGUGUUUCUAUCCACUAACCUCUGUAAAAAGUUUAUUUGUGGAGGGGAUAUUUCUGUCAGAUGAACCUGGCUUUGGUUCAAUUCAUGUUAAAAAGAACCCUUCUGUAAAUGAAGGGACAGUGAAUGGAGUUAGCUGUGGUGACAAAACUUCAGCUGAUUCUGAAAGUCCAGGCAAUACUGUUUUAGAGUCUACAAAUGACAUAACUAGCACAGAGUCUCUCCCUUAUGGCGGUAUUCACCCAGCCAGGGAUUCUCUUCUAACGCCAACAUGGCCUCUCUUUCGGAGUGCUGACCGAUACUCUGAACGUGGCUCACUGUCCAGUGAACUAGAUGUGCUACCAAAGGAGGACGCAGAAGGAACCAACCCUGGCUUUUCAACUGACAAAACCUACAGUGACCUACUUGAUGCCUAUCAGCUACCUGCAAAGCAGCAUCCUUCCAACAAGGUUCCAUCACCUGCCAGUGCUAAUUUGGAUUGGGCUCCUUGGAAAAAGAGCACUCCCAUCUAUCAUAGCUAUAACUCUGUCCAAGAUCUGAAUGCUAACAGUUUGGGUAAUGUUUUGUAUAAAGAUUUGGUCAGUAUCCCCAAGGACAAAGAAAAUGACAUUUUCCAUGAUAUGAAAUCCCAUCCUAAUGAAGCCCUUGUUGACAAUCCAUCUCCUGACUAUAGUACCCUUGAUUCCCUCACCCCUUCUAGCCCUAUGCCUGUUUAUGCCGCUAGCAGUGGUGGUAGCAGUGCAACGCUGGCAUCAAGUGAGGCAAAAAACACUACAAGCCUUGGACACAGAAGCAGCGGCUUGAUGGAACUUGUUCAAAAUCAUUCAUGGACAAGUACUGCCAAAUCUGAUGGCUCCUUUGAGUCUCACAUUGACGGCCUCAGUGACCUUUCAACUGGCCAACAUUUGAAUGCUCAAUCUCUAAGCCAGCACGGAUCUACUCCUCCAGUGAGAAGGGUUGACGAGAUCCUUCAUGGACAUCAACAAAGUAGCUUAGGAGAAGCCCAGGAUGGUGAAGUCCACCAUGAUUCCUUACGGAGUCAUAGUUGGCCUAAAUUGGAAGAGACCAACAGCACCGUUCAACAUGCUCCAAGAAGUGUCGGAGCAUUUCGAUUGGCUUCGCGUCAUUUUCUAGAUGGUAUGACUCAUAAAGUCAGAAACAUGCUUCAGAAUUUUGUUCCCACACAUUUUGCUCCUCCCCACCAAGACACAUCACUUCAAAAUUCCAACCCCAAUGAAGGAAACGUCCAGGAAAUUUCAAACCUAUCCUUGACGCAUCACCCUGAAGGACAGUCGGCUCACGACCCACAAGAACACAGCGAGUUCAUCACUGCUUACUUGCAUCGUGACUUGACUCAACACAGCAAUGAUGAUAAACAAACUCCCAACACAAAGCCUGUGACGACAGACUACCAACCUUCACCUGACUAUGGAGCUAAUCAAGUAACAGACGCACAAUCAUAUCUUCAAACCGGCUUAAAGGAUUUGAUUGUGAGUGUGAGUGCACGUGCCAAACCUAGACCAUCACAACCAGCACCAAGCUCAACUGACAUUCGCAGCACCAGACGCCAAUUGGGACCUAGUGUGCAUAAAGGCAUUGAGAGAGGUUGAUCGGACUUCUGAUCACUUGAUUUGGAUAAUCACUGUAGCAAUCCCUUUGAUAACUCUUAAAAUGAACGCUAGUCCCAGGACACCUGAGAAGUUGCUAGCUGCUGCACCAGCCUCUUCUCCAUACUCUCCAGCACCACCUUCAGUUCAGGCCAGAGAACUACACCCUCUGCACUAGAACUAGAACCUGUAAACAGGUACUCCUGCAGCCAGUUGGACAAUUCCAUCUUAAGCUGUGACAAGUGAGAAGAUGUGGAGUACAAGAGGAGAUGUUUGUCACAACUGCUGUAAAAAGAAAAAACACGACAUCACUGUUGUAAUGACAACAGUAAUGGUACUAUAUUGUUGUCGUGCUAUCAUAAAAUAAUGUGGUUGUCAUAUGAUUUGGGCUGCACUUUCACAAGUGUUUGUCUUUCUGGCAUUAUCACAUACAUAUGUAUUCAAUAAAUAAAGAUGUGUUUUCAGAGGGGACUUACACCUGAU